GCCAUCCUGGUCAGAACCCGCCGCAAUGCAGUGAGAUAGAUCUCAGUCCUCACCCUCACCCUCGCCCCCCCUUUCUUUUUUGUGAUGCCCAGAUUCCGGCAUCUCUGUGAUGACGCAAGCGUUACGGCAUCAGCCCAAUUCCUGGCUUGUCGCCUAUUCUCAGGUGGUAUGUCACCUGGUGUCACCCUGCGAGGGGUUGGAAUGUCGCCUUGUUUCUUUAUCCUCGCGUUUCUCCCUCGACCUUAUCGCCCGCAUCUGCACGGAUCAGCACAACAUCCAGGCGCUGACACACCAACCACCAUGCCCAAUGGCAUCACCGGGUGUGAAGGCCACAGUGCUACUCCCGCCAAUGAGCCCUAGCCUGUGCCGCUCUCGUCAGCGUCGCCGCCGGACCGGCAUCUGCGGUCGAUGGUCGAAACGGGCACGGCAAGAUGGCAUCCUCAGCAACACGACGCGACCCUUUAUCUCGUCGACAACACUGGCACACCGACAAUACAAUGCACAUCUCUCUCCCUCUCUCUGUAAACGCGCUCUGCUCGCUGCCGACAGCUCGCCUCAUCCCCUUCUUCGCCUCUCCGCUACCGUAGCAUUUAAGCCGUCGCAUAGCGACGUCUGGGUACAUUAGCGUCGCACUACAGGCCACCGGCCCCGUCGGCACUCACCUCCGGGUAAAGCUACUGCGGUAGGAUCCCAUCCCUAUCGGAUAUUGACACCGAUGCGUGUUGUCCGCCCAGGUUAGAGCAGGCCCGGCCAAUCAGUUGCGUCGCGAGCCUCGUGUUGCUAGACAAAGCUUAAUCGUACU